AUGGUCCUACUUCUUACGACGGAUCGCAUCCUCGCCGCGUUCGAGGCUAUUCCGGCUUCGCGCCACGAGGAGCUGGACUUGCCUACCACGUUGGAAGCACGAGGCCCAAUAGCCCAUGAGCAGCUGAUCCGGCUCGCCAGAUACCUUCAAACAGACCCGGAAUACAAAGAACGUGCCUCCCACACCCCAACUGUUCUCAGCUCCCUCCUCCGAGGCACCAAAGUCUACGUUCCUCCGCCGCCAAAGAAGCCAGAGCCCGUACGUGGUCUAAACACAACCUCUUCCCUUCAUUUCCUCGAACACAUAGAAACCAUACCAACCCAUUUCCUAACAUUCUUUACAAUACAGAGCGCCGAAUAUCUCGCAUCAAAAGCGCGCCUUCUUGCCGCAACAGAACAAGAAUCCUACAACCGCCUCUUAAACCCAAACUACCAACCAAACGCCGACCACGCGGAUCCCUACACAUCGCCCUACACGAGCGACGGCCGAAUAGAAGAAGACACGCUGACAAUCUCACUUGUUUCUAGCAUCUUCAUCUCGGUACUAGUGACCGGGUUCAGCGUGUACGCGGCGCUUACUCGGUUCCCGACGCCGCAGAUCCUGUCGAGCGAGGCGAUUAAGGUUCUUUUUGGGCUGUUUGCGGCGCUGAGUGUUGCUGUUGCGGAGUCGUUCUUGUAUUGGACAUAUCUUGGGAAGGUGGAUCGGGCGAGAGUUAAGGAGAAGAGGGUUAGGGAGAAGAAGGUUGUUAUUGGGGCUGUUGGGGAGGAGGAUCAGGGUGUGGAUGAGGGUGUUGAGAUUGGGGCGGAGAAGGAGGAGAUUUGGGGGAAGGGGGUUAAUGGGGGUGUUAGGAGGAGGGUUAGGGAGAAGUGGGAGAAGGGGAGGGAUGGGGAGGAUGUUAAGAGUCUUUGA